AUGGAUACAAGUGGAGGAAAGGAAGAGAUAAAGUGGACAACCACCAUUAUUAUCAGCUCCUCUCUUAAGAGUUAUGAAAUUGCAACUGCCCUAGAAAAUCGAAGCCACAAGGUUCGGUACUCAGAUACAUUGGAAAGAGGAUCGAUUGUCUUCUCUCUGUCUGGAGUUGCAUUCUUAUUGAUGGAUGCUAAAGAAUGUAUAUCAACUGAGGAAAUAUUUCUAACCAAAAUUGAGAAGUUUAUUAACAUUCACCAGAAUAGUUUUUUGGUUCUGUUUGCCCCACUGCAUGGGCCUGAAGAAUGGGAUCUCAUGUUCAGGAUUCACCAGAGGUUCUUGGGCAGUAACUUACGAAUACUUCCUGUACACAACACAGUAAAUGCCGCUGACCUCAUGUGCACCAUAGCUAAGACUACCUCCAAGGCAGCCUUAGACAGCAUCUGCUACAGGAUGGUGACAACCAAAGCUUACAUCAUAGAGCAAAGCCCUGUUUGGAGAACACUCCAAAAGAUAAAGCUGAGGACUGACUCAAUUAAUCCAAAUUCAGAGUUUUGA